CUCAACUUUUUAUGUCACUAGAAAUAUAGCAAGUUUCAGUAUAGUACACAUGGGUUGCAACUUUUCAAGACGACCUGUUAAAGUAGUAAACUUACAAAAUAAAGAUGAAGAAACAGCCGUUGAAAAUAGCACAUCAGAAGAAAAAAGAAGUUCUUUAACAAAAUCUCAUGAUUCGUCGAUAUGCAAUAGCAAUUCCAGUGAGGAGACAGAAAACAACAGAAUAUUUCGCACAUCCUCUGAAAUCUUUGCCCCACAUCGCUCAAAAUCUGUGGACUUAUCAAAGAAUGGUUCCGCGUACCAUGAUGACCCACCAGUUGCCAUGGCAACCAUUAUAAGAGGUGCGUCAGUGUCGAAAUGGUCAAACAAUAACGACCAGCAAAGGAUUUUGCUGCCGAAUCAGACGGACAGUGCCACUGUAUGCGCAAAUGAACAGCAGAAUAGAACUAGUAUUAUUGCCUCACAAAGAGCUUUGGGAUUUACAACGAAAAAUCGAAAUGCGAUACAUCGAAGAGUCAGCGAUGGAGAAGUAAAAAAUUCCCCAAGUUUAACGUGCGUGACUCACCCUGUGAAGCGACAUACAUCAGAACCUUUGUUAAACACCUCACCUGCCAAGCCCACUGUGCCAGAGAUCAAGUCAAAAUUUAUUCCAUUCGGUCCAAGAAAUAGCAAGCUAACAUUGACACAAAGCCAGAAAGACUUCUUUCGUAUGCUGGAUGAAAAAAUUGCACAGGGCAAGGACUAUUGUUCAGAAGAUGACUGUUCAAUAGCUUCUCUUAAAUCCUUUCGAGGCCAACGCAACGGUAGUGCUGGUCAUCACAGUUUAGCAAUACGAUCAAGGUGACAAACAACUCUGAGCCUCACACACUCUGAACAAAUGCAAUUCCAUGCGUAUGGCAAAUCUUGCAAUGCUUACUGAAGGGCUUGCUGUCUAGGACAUAUAACAUAGCACUUGCAAAAUCUUUUUUUUGACUUUUCAGUUGCUACUGUGCUGAGAGAAUUUCAUGUUACUAAAGCUUGUUGUUUUUUUUUUAUUUUAAGCUGCACUGUCUUUUUAUUUUCUGCUUUGUAAAAGUGUCUUAGUGUUAUUUAAUAUAUUUGUACUCUGUUGCCAGUGUUUUUGCAGCAAACAAAUUUGGUUCAAAUCCAAACCAUACCCCUUAAUGUUAAAGCACAUAAAUUAUUCACAUAUCCUAUUAGUUACUUCCUUGGUCAUUUUCCAGAAGUUCUUCCACUUAAAACUUUAAUUGCUGUGCAAUGUAACUGCAAUGACAAUACACCAGUUUUUUGUCCAGAAA